CAUUUAGAUAAGGUUAACUCCUAACUUAAAACUCUACAUUUACGAGUCAGUAAAUAGAAAGAAAGAAAAGGAAACUCUUAAACGUUAAAUAUGGAAAAAUUCGUCGGUAAAUGGGAACUUGCUGAAAAUGCUGGUGAUAUGAGAAGCUAUUUAAGACACUUAAACACUUCGGAAUCUGAUAUCGAACAGUUUAGCUCUAUCUUAACAGAUAUUGGCAAACUUUGCCAACAAGCCGUUUUAGAAGGAGACGACGAUCUCCUUGUUACAGUUAUCCACGAUGGAGAAGUACUGGAUGAAGAUCAUCUAAAAUUGGGGACAAAUUUUGAAGCAAAAACUCAUGAUGGAAGAGAUAUAAUCUAUUCGACAACAAUCGAUGGAGGCGUACUAACUAUUAUUGAAUCCGGAGCCUACGAAGCAACAACGAUUAUGGAAGUGGAAGGUGACGCCCUAUAUUCAAAAUUGAUUGCUGGAAAAGGGGACAACUCGAUAGUUGUUGAGCGAAAAUACAUUAGAGUAUGA